AUGUCGUUUCCUCCAGCGACGCCGGUGCGCCCCGUGCCGGGCGCAUUCGUAAACACGCCGGCCGUUGUCGCGCGCUACCAGACGACUCACGACCCCGUCCGCCGGACGCUGUUCACCUCUGAGGGCCAGAACGCUCAGACUUCUGCAGCCACCACAACAGCCACCCAUGGCACGGUAUCGACGGGCACGACAGCGGUGGCGACGACGGCAACUACAGAGGGUGGAGGGCUGGCUUCUCUGACUCCAUUGCCGCCCCCACGCGUCGAAAACAUUCCGCCCGUCCUCAAGGCCGCAAAGGCCAUCAACUCUUUCUUGCAACUCGACGAGAGCUUUCCCGACCUGGAUUCCUACUGUAGACAGGGGGCAUCAUCCGACUAUGAGCUGCCAGGCUCCGACUCUGCCUGGGCUCCCUUCCAGAAGACCAACAUGUACCCGAUCCCGAACCAGGUCUUCGAUCACUACAACUCUGGCCAGCUCCAAACCCUCAUGGGCCUCUUUGCUGAAAUCAACCACGCCUGGGUGGUAAUUGAUAAUUCGCUCUUCCUCUGGGACUAUACCCAUUCCGACCCCGAGCUUAUUGGCUUUGAAGACCAACCACACACAAUCCACGCUGUUGCGCUCGUGCCCCCGAAGCCAGGCAUCUUUGUCGGCACAAUCACACAUAUCCUGGUCGUGGCGACAUCAUCAGAGAUGAUCUUGCUUGGUGUGUCUGCCUCAGAUACCUCUGCCGGAACAAAGACGGUUACUCUGUACCAGACUAAGAUGGUCUUGCCCAUCCGUGGCAACGACAUUCGCGUCAUUAGUGGCUCUGCGGAUGGUCGCAUCUUCUUUGGUGGAUGCAGUGAUGUCGAUAUCAACGAGCUUUACUACCAAUCUGAGGAAAAGUGGUUUUCGAAUCGGUGUGGUAAGAUCAACCAUUCGAACCCUGGCUGGUCCUCCGUCGUGAGCAUGCAGGCUGGCUUUUGGUCUCAGAGGGAUCCCGAGCACCUGGUGGACAUUGUCAUUGACGACACGAGGAAGUUGGUUUACACUCUUUCAAGCACAUCGACUAUUCGAACCUAUCACAUGGAGUCCCCCGAACGGCUAAAUAAGGUGAUCGAAAAGACAAAGAUUCACUGUCUUCGAGAUAUUGCACACAUGAUUACACAGUCCAAGCUUUUGACCGAUCGAACCAACCUUGUUUCCAUCAGCCCCAUCUCUAAGCAAGAGGCCUCGAAACUGCACCUCAUGGCCCUGACAGACACUGGCUGCCGUCUCUUCUUCAGUGCGACUAAUGCGUCUUCCUACCUAUACGGAUCCCAAACAAACUUGGCACCUCAGAGCAUGCAGGUUCAGUUCAUCAAAUUCCCUCCUUCAGCAGUUGCCCGGCGAUCAACUCAGUUUGGAUUGAACGGUCAGCCUUCAGGAGAAGCCGUGGUUGAUCUCGAUUCAACUAUGUUGAUCUCAAGCAGGCAGGGCGCCCGAUUCCCCCCCGGAUUCUUCUUGGACUUUGUAAGCAACAAGGACGACCCUAAUUCCGACUCGCUCUUUGUGGCUGGCCCCGAGGCUGGAAGAAUAAAACGAACUUCACCUACGACCCCCCUGAGAUAUUUUGAGCAGGCGAGCUGGAUUGAUAUUGGCAGCCGAGCGGAGGCCGUUGGUUUAAUCACGAAGCCAUUUGCGGCCGCUAGCCAGCCAAUAGGAUUUGGCAACGAACUAGCUGUCCAAUUCGACGAACCACCCAGUGAAUUCGCUGUCCUUACCAACACGGGAAUUCAUGUCAUCCGGAGACGGAGACUAGUGGAUACUUUUGCGGCCGCUAUUCGAGAUGCGCCGGGAGAUGAGGCAUUGGAUCUUAUGUGCCGCCGUCUUAUUUUCCUCUAUGGCCGUGUCGAGACGGUUUCGACAGCGUUGGCUGUGGCCUGUGGUCAUGGAGGUGACUCUAGACCAGGCUCUGUCAAGGCGAAAGACCAGGUUACGGAAGACCGGGCGAGAGCCCUGUUCGUCGACUUUGGUGGCCAGCCUACCAUAGUGGAGACAGAUUCAUCAUCGCUCACAACAGAUUCGGUUAAGCUAUCAUCCCGGCAUGAUGCAUUGGCGCUGUACUUGUCAAGAUUGAUUAGGAAGCUUUGGAAAGCUACCGUCAUCAAAUCCAACGUUGCCUCUAACGGAACGAUUUCCGUGUCAUCGUCGAUUCCUCUGCCUAAGCUCAUCGCUACUCAAGAGAACCUUGAACGGCUAAGGAAAUUCAUCGAGUCUAACAAGGGCCUCAUUCAGGGGAUGUCUGGCCCUUCUGACUUGCAGAGAGUUUCUAGUAGACAGGAGGAGGUGGCAUUGCAGGCAGAACAUCAGGCGUUACAUGCCCUGCAAAAACUAAUGGAGAGCAUCUCAGAGGGCAUUUCAUUUGUCCUCAUGCUGUUCGACGAGCGUGUGUCAGACAUCUAUGCUAGACUGGAUGAUGCUUCUCGGCAGCAACUCAAGGAUCUGACGUAUGAGAAGCUCUUCUCACAGGCGGACGGCAAGGAUCUCGCCAAGCUACUAGUCAAAGCUAUCGUUAACCGCAACAUUGAGAGUGGCUCAAAUGUCGAGACGGUCGCAGACGCGCUAAGGCGGAGGUGCGGUAGCUUCUGCAGCCCAGAUGAUGUGGUCAUCUUCAAGGCUCAAGAGUCACUCAAGAGAGCCUCCGAGCAACCCCUCAACACCAAUCAGUCCAGGGUCCUCCUCAACGAGAGCUUGACCCUCUUCCAGAAGGUGGCUCGCAGCCUGACGUAUAACAACCUGCAAACCGCCAUAGCGCAGUACAUUGAUUUGAAGUAUUACGCAGGCGCAGUCCAGCUGUGUCUCUAUGUUGCCCGGGAGCAGGACAGGGGCAAUACCGCCCUAAUGUGGAUCAAUGACGGCAAGCCUACGGUUGAUCCUCGUAUCAGCGCUUUCAACGAGAGGAGGAAAGUCUACGACCUUGUGCACGAGGUGCUGCGACAUCUGGACGCCGCCUCGAGCAUGGAACCACUUAUGGUUGACGGGCGACCAACGCUCAUUGCAACCAAGAGAAAUGAGGCGUACGAGGUGGUCAAUGGGUCGGAUGACGAAGUGUUCCACUUCGACUUGUACGAGUGGUACAUUGAGCAGGGAUGGACCGAACGGAUACUGGGCAUCGACUCUCCGCACGUUAUAACUUUCCUGCAGCGGCUGGCAGGCACCAACGUGGAGCACGCCGACCUCCUAUGCCGCUUCUACACCAAUCGAAGCCGCUUCUUUGAUGCAGCCGAAGUGCAGGCUGAGCUGGCCGGCUCCGACUUUGCGCUCAGCAUCAAGGACAGACUCAGGCUUCUCAGUUUGGCAAAGGCCAACGCCAACGUGGCGACCGUCGGAAUCAGCCGACAGCAACAACAGAGACUGAACCACGAGGUGACAGAUCUGCUCGAGGUGGCCAACAUCCAAGACGACCUGCUGGGUCGCUUGAUGGCAGACGACAGAAUCGAUGCGGAUCGAAAGGUUGAGAUUGAAAAGGCUCUCAAUAGUAGGAUCAUUAGCCUUUCAGAGCUCUUCAACGAUUAUGCCGAUCAGGCAGGAUACUACGAUCUGUGCCUGCUGAUCUACCACACGGCAAACUACCGCAACCCUACCACCAUCUCGUCGACCUGGGAUAACUUGAUCCAGCAGACUCAUGACGAAGUCAUGGCAAGACACGAGGCCGCGGAGGCGGGCAUGCAGCCACCCCCCUUGCCGUACGAGGCCGUGACGAGCAAGAUUCAAAACAUUGCUCACCACACGUCGCUCGAUAGCUUCGUGUUCCCAAUCCAGACGCUUCUUCCGCAGCUAUGCCGGUAUGCCGUCGCCUACCAGCAAGACACGACGAUUGGCGCCGAUCCUACGUGGCCAGUGCAGCUAUUCUUGUCUCUGGGUGUGUCCCAUGAUAUGAUAGUCCGUGUGCUCGAGAGCAUAUUUGAUACGCAGGACUAUGGCUUUAGCGGCAUGGUGCGCAACCGUAUCGUCGAGAUCAUCGUCUACGUAGUCAAUGAUUGGGUGGCUGAAGUACGGCGACGUGGCGGCGCAGGUAAGGGAGGCUCGCUUGGCCCUUCUAUCAGCGACCUCCUGCAACGUUGCGAGGCUGCUUUGCCAGGGCCCGGCCAGGGCAACAACAACGGCGGCGCAGACCUGGCGGAUGUACGACGAGUGCUGAGGAUGCUGCGGAGAGAGGUGGCCGGGCUAGUGGAGCGGGUGCCAACAGCGAGCAUGAGAUUUAUGUGA